AUGAAGUGCUCUGGUAUCAACAUUAAUAGUACUCAAGUUAAUAGUUUUGUUGACAGAAUAGAAGGUGCCAAGAAAGAAAUUCCAAUCUUGCAAGAGGUUAAAUUUAAUAAUGGUACUAAGGUUGGCCAAGCAUGGGACAUGCAUCAAGAAAAUCUUUUUGUAACUGCUCUCUUUGCAUAUGCUAACAGACCACAAAUGAUGGAAAAUGUUGCUAAUCAAAAUUCUUCACAACUUUGUUCCACCUAUAAAAAUAAAGCAUCAUUAGCAGUACUAAUAUUAUCAAAGUAUUUUGAAGCUAUCAGAACUGAACGUUCAUGUAAAAAACAAAUUCAUAAAGACAAGAGUAAUAAAAUUGGUUUGGACUUGGUCGAUUAUACCGAUGAAAAUGAAGAAUUAUUAGAAGGUAUUUCUUUACAACCAGCUAACAAUUAG